AUGUUCUCAUCUACCACCCUCAUUGCGAUAGUCGCACUGCUGAGCAGCACUCACGUCAGGGCCGAUUGGGCCAAGAUUGAUGACCCCGUUGGCGGAGCAGUAUGUGGCAAUGGCGCCACGAUCUUGCUGCCAGAAUUCAACAAUGAUGCGUGGGAUGGAGUGUGCAGCGACUUGGUCGCCGACGGAUGUGCCAACGCCUUCAUCGUUGGAAGUGGCAGUACAGGCAGUUCGACAUUUGCGCGCAACACGGAUUUGGACUGUGCAGCGACCGCUCCAGCUGGCGAAGAGACGUGUACAAAUGCGUUCCGUGACGGAUUCAGCCAGUGUGCCUCUUCGUUCUCGCCUGGACAGAAGCAGUCGUGUGCCGUGGGGGUGUAUGAUGCCAGUGGACAGAGCCUUGGAGUGCUCAACUAUGCCGGAUCCUGUCUCCCAAGCGCCGGCAUUCCAUAG